CCCAGUCCGCACCGCACGCUCCACUCUCACUGCUCAACGCUGGUACCACUCUCUAUACCUCUCUUUUGUAUAAGUGUUGUCCUCAACAGAGUUUAUGUAAAUAAUAGUUUAUCGGUGUUUGUGAAAAUUGACAAUAAUUUUGUUCGACGUUGUUUAUCGCGGAAAUUCGUCUAGGAGGCAGACCGGGAUUUGCAUAAACUUUGAGCUGUAUGAAGCAGUGAUUUUGCAAAUGAUGGUCGGGAGUUUCCGGGACCUUUUUUCAAAAUGGCGUCCGAUCUCCGCACGGAUUCCCUGCUCACGCUUUCUUCUCUGCUAGAGAUGGCGGCGCUCAGAUUGCCCGAAGCGGACGAGUACUUAGAAUCCCGAAGACGACUUGCGAACCCCCGCACCGAGGUUCCGCCCACAGAGCCUUCCUUCCCUGAAGUCAAACCGUCCGCCAACACGACGCGGAAAGUACUGAUUGACAUGUUGGGGAAUUCCCUGAUAGACAUCGUGCCCGUGCACAACGACACGGGACCACCGGAGGGCUACGGGGACCCCUCCGUCUCCAACCUGAGCCAGAAUGCCACCGUUCUCCCGGACCUCAUGUACAGGCACUCCACUCCAAUCAUCCUCGUCUACUGUAUCGCCUACCUGAUCGUCUUCGUGGUCGGGCUUGUAGGCAACUGCUUCGUCAUCGCCGUCGUCUAUCGGUCCCCUCGCAUGCGGACAGUCACCAACUUCUUCAUUGUCAACCUCGCCGUUGCCGACAUCCUCGUCAUCGUCUUCUGUCUCCCUGCCACCCUCAUGUCUAACAUAUUUGUCCGUAAGUACCUUUUUAUCUGGCGUAUAUCGGUGUUAAUAUGUAAGUAUUUAUUAAAGUAAUUUUGUACUAUUAACAGGAGGGUAAAAGGCAUAGACUAUCAUACAUGAGACACAAAUCUUCAUCAUAUUUUAGGAAGAAAUCUGAUGAAACUUCUGCCAUCGUUUGAAAUAAUCCACGAUAUGUAACUCAAUAAUGAAACGCAGGUCGCUGAUUCAAUUCAUUCCCUUGUUUCUCCGGACAAUGAAAUCAGGAGCUUCUAUAUCAGCACUUCAAUAAGUCAGGUAGUUAGAGAGAAUAUAUGAAAUUUCAUUGCUGCAUUAUAAGUUAUGAAAGUGAAGCACAAAGGUUUUAAAUUAAGUUUAAUUUAAUGAAAUGUAAUCAUAAGUUAAUCCUAAAUUUAAUCGGAGUAAAAACACAAUAAUGACAUCUCAAUUUAUUACUGAAUGACAACAAAGUUACAGAGUAAACACGAAACGCCUAUUACCUUUUUGUGACAAUAUUAAAGAGAACUACACUAACAAGGCGAGAGUUAAACUUGCUGUUCUGUGUGCUAAAAAUGUUACUCACAGUCACUCAGUUACUCAGUUCCAUAUUAUUGCUAUUACUACCAUUGGGUAGCAUUAUGUAAAGACUUGAAUGGAGUUCUGGUGGUACCUACACUUACUGAAUGGCAUACAGUCAAUUUUUUAUUCUUUAGCUUACAUUUAUUCUUUCAGGGAUCAGUUUUAUCAUCAAGCAUGAAUACACUUUAACACAAUACAGUACAGAUAAAUACAAAAUAAGUAAUGGUUGUUUAUUCAAUCUACAGUUGGUUUAACUAGUUGAAAAUAAAGAGUAUGUAACGCAUCUCUAUCAAAGUCAAUCUUGAAUUAAAAAGUGAAUAAUACGACGUUCCACAAUAAUUUUUUACAU